AUGCUGCCACUGCUGCUGCCUCUGCUUUGGGCUGGGACCCUGGCUCAGCAUGAAAACUACCAGUUGGAAGUGCAGGAAUCCGUGACUGUGCAGGAGGGCCUGUGUGUCUCCGUGCCCUGCAUCUUCUCCUACCCCCAGGACAAGUGGAAUAACUCUGCCCCAGCUCAUGGCUACUGGUUCCAGGAAGGGGCAAAUGUACAGCAGGAUGCUCCUGUGGCCACAAACAACCCAGUUCGUAAGGUGCAAGAGGACACCCAGGGCCGAUUCCACCUCCUCGGGGACCCCCGGACCUACAACUGCUCUCUGGACAUCAGAGACGCCAAGAGGAGGGACAAUGGUAGAUAUUUUUUCAGGGUGGAGAGAGGAAAGGAAAAAUGGAAUUACAAAUCUAUCCAUCUCUCUGUGUCUGUGACAGGGUCCCUGGGUCACUAUGACAGAUCCCUGUUGGAAGUGCCGGAGUCUGUGACAGUGCAGGAGGGCCUGUGCGUCACUGUGCCCUGCAGCUUCUCCCGUCUUCGGAGGUACUGGAUUCACGGUACCCCAACACACGGCUCAUGGUUCCGAAAAGGGGCAAAUCCACACCAGGAUGCUGCUGUGGCCACAAACGACCCAGAUCGUAAAGUGCAGGAGGAGACCCAGGGCCGAUUCCACCUCCUCGGGAGUCCACAGUGGUACACCUGCUCCCUAGACAUCACAGACGCACAGAAAAAGGACGAGGGAAUGUACUUCUUUAGAGCAGACAGAGUAUUUCAUAGACCAUAUGAUUACAGAGAAAAUCAGCUCUCUGUGCAUGUGACAGAUCUGGCAGAGACACCUGACAUCCACACCCAGGGGACCCUAGAAUCUGGCCAACCCAACAACAUUACUUGUACUGCACCAUGGGCCUGCGAGAGGGGGACGCCCCCCACCUUCUCUUGGAUUGGAGUCGCCCUCACCUCCCUGGGCCCCAAGACUCCCAACACAUCUGUGCUCACCCUUACUCUGGGGCCCCAGGACCAUGGCAGCAACCUCACCUGUCGAGUGACCUUACCCGGAGCUGGUGUGAGCGCAGAGAGAACCAUCCAGCUCAACGUGUCCUACGCGCCACAGAACCUGACCAUCAGCGUGUUCCGGAAAGAAGGCACAGGACCUGAAGCUCUGGGCAACGGCUCAUCUCUUCCAGUGAAGGAGGGCCAGUCCCUGCGCCUGGUCUGUGUUGCCGACAGCAACCCUCCUGCCAUGUUGAGCUGGACCCGGGGGAGUCUUCCCCUGAGCCCCUCCGCACCCUCAAACCCUGGGGUCCUGGAGCUGCCCCGGGUGGUCUUAGAGGACGGAGGAGAAUUCACCUGCCAAGCUCAGCACCCUGGGGCCUCCUACCACAGCUCUGUGAACCUGGUUGUUCAGGGUAUCUCCUGCUCCUGCCCCCACAUCUCUGGGGAGCAGUGGGGCACCUGGUCUCUAGUCCUCACACUGCUCAGGGGGGCCCUAAUGGGGGCUGGCUUCCUUCUCACCUAUGGCCUCACCUGGAUCUACUACACUAGGUUCAGAGGUUCCCAAGGGGAUAGGGGCUUCAAGGUGUGACUGAGGCCCCUUCCUCCAGGUGGUGCUGAGGUCUGGGCUCCAGAACCCUGACAGGUGGAUGAGGAUCCAUCAGACCACUGUUUCCCAAGACCUUCAAUGGCACAGCUCUGAGGAGCCAGGAGGGGCUGCGUGACGUGGCCCUGCCUCCUCUCCAGAAAGGACCCUUCACCUCUGGUCCCCAGCACUCUUCCUGAUGGUUCCACACAAAGGGCUGGAGGGCAUGUGAGGAGAUAGGUGUUUUCUAUUAUGAAUUUGAAUUAUGCUUCAUGUAAUAUGUUGCUUCUUCAUGUUCAACUUAAUAUGAUUUUGAGAAGCCAGUAACUCAAUCCCAUGAUAUAUUGUUAUAAACCCCAGAAUAUACAUAUAUUUUUUUCUGGUGGUAGUGCUCCUUUGUUCAGAGAAUAGCAUGGGCACAGGGCCCACAGGACCACAGGGCAGCAUGGGGACAGAACCCAGGGGCAGGACUUUAUUAAUAGAUCUUGGUCUUACACUAUUGGAUAGGGAACUAUUCCCAGCCAGACAUUUUAAAACAUACUCAGGCAAAGUUGAUAUAACUUCUUGAUAAAAAAGUCAGCUCAAGCAUUCCAACCUUUGUGAUCCUAUCAACACACUUUUACAUUUCAUCAAUUCAGUUGUAACCUGAGUCAGGGUCUUAAGGCUAGUCAUUAUUUUUUCGGUUGUCUUUUUCCUUUUUAAUUUGGCCUUUUCAUAGGUACCAAUAAAAAUUAUGAUGAGAACUCUCACAAAUCUUUUCCCCCAAUUUAGAAGUUUUCCCAAUUUAAAUGAUCGAUUGUCUGGCCACACUGACAAGUAGGAUCUUAACAGUGACUCAACCAAUAAGCUUAACCAGGAAUUCAAGAGGCAUCCACAAAAGAGAUCCAGAAAGUGCACUCCCAAAAAUAGUCUAAGAAAGUAAAGGCCUUCCUUGCACAGCAAGCAACAAAGGUUCAGAUAGCAAAGGCCCCUUAGGAAAGCAAUUGGGACCCCUUAUCACCAACUCCCCUGAGAGCUGACACAGCCGGACAAAGAGUAUGUCCCGGAGCCCCAGUCAACGCGACUAGCCACCAAGAUGCAUGCCGGUACAUGCAUCCUCCAGAGGGCAGAGACCAGAACGGUCACAAAGCCAACCUCUCAAGACAUAGAACAAGACAAAAAGCCCAGACAACCGGCUGUAGAGAGAUUCCUGUGUCUCAUGACAAACAACAAAAAAGACAGAGACAAGGAAAAAUACUAUCACUAGGAGGAAAAGGGUCUACAACCAGUGAGUACUCAAAUCCUAGAGUCGCUGAAUCCAAGAAGCUGGCCUCACCAAAAUUUUCUCCUGCUAAUCUAAAUUUAGAAAAGCAAAAAAACUCACCACUCUUUCUUCCAUUGGAUCCUGCAGGCAGAGAUCUGGGGGACUGACGUGGUAAGAACUCCUACCUGUUUCCAGUUCUCGUCAGGGAUCCGGGAUCUCUUGGCUGCAGCAGUCCAGCAGCGCUCAUUGUCCAGCCAGUGAAAUUUUAUCCCAUCCAAGUCACAAAACUGUAGGGGAGGAAGACAUUUCCUCCAUCCACUCUGGGUCUUUCUUGGCUGGACAACGAAUUAAAAUUCAAAUGAGACAGAAUAACAGGAGAAAAUUAAACAAAGCUUUAUAACAUGUAUACAUGGGAGAGACC